UAUCUGUUUUUUUAUAUCAUAUAUCUUGGUAAACGUUUCGGCAGAUUUUGAAGCGGAAUACAAGAAACUUGUUUUAGUUACAAAUUUAUCCAUCAUGGAAGCUGGAACGAAUAGAAUGGAGGGAAUAAUUGAAGAAAUGGUUAAUGAGGCCAAUCAUUGCAACAUUUUCGGCAAACUUAAUUUAAUGAUCGCUGUACCAGACAAAUUGUAUAAUCCCAUCUGUAUACCGGUUUCAGAUUUGAGACCCAUUUCAAAUAUGGACAAAUUGCUUGAUUACCAGGACUUUAUGGGAUGGAAAAUAAGACGCGCAUUAGGAAUGAGAUAUCCUAACAUUAAUAGAAACCAAGAUUAUAGAAGCUUAGAUUUGAGAGCCCUUGCACAAGAUAGAAGAAAUCUUACUGGACCAGCUUUAAAAAAUAUAAUCAAUCGUGUAUUAGAUGAACCUGUUCAAGAUAUUCCGGAUGAUGAUGACUUACCAAUGAUGUGCUAUUUAAUUGGAUUAUACAUGAGUACAAAAUUUCCAACGUCAUAUAUAAGAAAAAUUCAGAUUGACGCAAUUAGUCAUACGUGUACCCUAUCGAAUGCAUAUUCAGACAAAAUAUACACAAAAAAUGGUGGCAGUUGGAGACAAAUUAACGAAAAUGGUACAGUAACACAAUUACUUAAGGACCAGUUAGUAUAAUUAGAACAGGAAUCAAUGGUAUAAAUCUGCUAAAAU